UUGACCGGCUGUGCUGUGCUAUGGAGAGCGGAACGUUUGAGGAAUACUGUUUGCCUCACCAACGCAGUCGAGGGGUGCUGCUGCCGCGCCUGGAAACAUGACCCAGUACCUCAACAGCAGCCAGAGCAGCGGCGGGGACGGCCGGGCCCUGUGGGGUUCCCUUGGUAGCCCUGCCAGGCUCUAUCGUAAGCUGGCGGGCCGGGCAGACGGCGCCAGGAAUGGCAGGAAUCAAUGUAUUACUGACUUCUUCCAGCCCGCUCCAAAACAAGACCGGACUGUGUUAUGUAGUCCAGAAAAAAGAAAUGGGAAGGUUGGGUUUCCAGUCCCACAUGCAGAUCAUCCUAGAAGCAAUGUAUCUUCUCCAAAGCGAAAUAGAAGAAAGAAAUUUCUACCGCCACCUGAUAGAAGCCCCAUAAUUGAUGCAUUUUUCAAAGGUGCCAAGAUAGAGAAAAAAGACAGUUCAAAUAAUGAUGGAGGUUCUAUAACCAGGGAAGCCACAUAUCCAAAAGUUGUGGUGCGGAAACUCUUUACCUCAGAAGGAUCUCUGGACUGUUCCUCCAAAGAUGAUACUUGUAUGAGGGAUGUGGAAAAGAGCGAAAAAUGUCCUGUUCAAACAAGAACACCAUUAGUAGAGAACAGUAGAGAAUGUAACAUGGAAUAUAUGGAUCUAGACACAGUCAGUUCUGGCUUGAACAAAAGGGCUUCAGCAUCAGAAAAUGACAGCCUGAGAAAGGAAAGCCAUAUAUCUUGGUGCCAAAAAACAGGUUGCUCCAAGAUGCUACAGUCCAGUACAGCCAAUGCUUCACAUCAGUCAUCAACAGAAACGCUUGGCAGUGAUAAACAAGUAAAGAAAGAAAAAAAGAUGUUGUUUAUGCAGCAGUCUUCUGGUUCUGUAAAGAAGUCCUUGGCAACUAAUAUUUCUCAGCAGGAUACCAUGGACUUCUUAAGAAAAAGAUCAUGUUCUGCUUCAUGGGAAUCUUCCACAGAUUGCAGUCAUGUCACAUGUGACUUAAACGAACUGAGUGAUGAAGAUUCAAAUCUAGAGAUAUGUAUGUCGAAUAAAAAAUUACGGAGCCUUUCUGAUAGUGAAGAUGGGAAUCCUGACUGCAGUCUGGACAGCAGUGAUGAUGAGAUACUAUUGCCAUUUGAGGAAAUACUGGCUCAGAGUGCCAAACCUACAAAAACCCCUGAACCCACAAGUGAUGAGGAUGGUACUCAAGAUAGCGUGAUUUCAUCACAUGAUAGUCUUCUUUCCAAACCUUCCAUUGAGACUCAGGUCUCGUAUGUCAAUCGACUGGAACAUCUUCUGAAGGAGAAGGAGGAAUUCAGAAGGGUAGAUGAACUAGAGAAACAGCUGCAGGAAGUUAAAUGGCGAGUUGAAAGAGAUUCGCCUCCUAAAGAACUAUCUAAUGAUGGAGAACUGUCUGCUGAACACAGAGCCUUUAUAGAGAAAUUUUCAGUAAUUGAUGCUAUUCCAGACCAGCACCCUGGAGAAAAUAUAUUCCAAAUGGCACAUGCUGGAAAGAUUUUCAGUCAGCAUAACCUUGAUCUGAGGAAUUCUGGAUUCUUUCCCCAUAAUCCUAUUGAAAAAUACCUUCUUGGCUCUGGAAUAACUCAGCAGCUUUUUGUAAUUAACGAAGGCUUGCUUAUGUCUGCUUACCAUAGUUCUCCUUGCCCAGUACCCAUUUUAAAGUGGAUGUUUCAGAUGAUGUCAGUGCAUUCAGACAGAUUUGUUUCAAAGAAGAUUUUGGAUAUGUUGAUGGCAUUAACCAUUAAAAAUGCAUCGUUUUCUGAUCCACCAAGGUCAUGGAUUCCAUCGCUAUGUGAUAUAGCAACCGUGUUAAUCAAUAUGGGUGUUCCUUUUAACACACUAUUUCCUCUGCUGCAUUUUCAGCCUACCUUUACUAAGGAUAAUAUUAUGACUGUGGGGAAGCAAGCACCUGGAGACUUCUCAGAAAAUCUGCCUUCUUUUUUCUUCCUGGUUCAAAACAGUCUUUGCAACAUGGCUAAGUUUCUACAACUGUGUGUAGGCAUAUGCCCAGAAUGUUACACAGAUAAAGAAAUACUUCUGUUGCUGCUGCUUUUGUUUAAACUGAGUCUGGAAAAAGAGCUGAAACAAUAUCCCCUAGUGGACUUGGAGCACCUUAUUAUAAAACUGCUGGAAAAUAUCAGAAACUGGGAUACAGAGAUGCCCAAGUUGUGUCUGGCAAUAAGUGACCUGUCUAGCCACCAUCAUGACCUCUUGUGGUUGGUUCAGUUUGUUCCCAAUUGGACAGCACGUGGGAGACAAGCAAGACGACAUCUUAGCUUGGUAGUAAUCUCAAAACUUCUUAAAAAUCACGUGAAUAUACCCAGUAGCAAGGACCAACAGAUGGCACUCCUGUGCCAGGAUCUGGUGGAGAUGAAGCCUUCCAAUCUAUUAAAGAAAAUUGCAGAAACAGAGAUGCAUCAAGAUGAUCUUAGUAAAGAGUCUCUUCUCUCUGAAUUCGAGCCCCAGGCCUACUAUCUGACCUAUGUUCUGCUUCACUUGGUCAGGGAAGCUAGCAGUUCUGAGGCUGCAUAUUCUAAUCAAAGGAAAUGGCUGCUGAAACUCAGUGGUACUCUGGAAAAACAUGUGAAGUGUGAUAUUAGAGAAGAUGCCAGGCUGUUUUACAGAACAAAGGUAAAAGAUUUAGUUGCCAGAACAUACAGCAAGUGGCAACAGAUGAUCCAUAGUUCUCGGCCUACUCAGGGGAAGAUUCAUGAUUUUUGGAUUCCCGAUUCUUAAAAUGGAAAGAUUGUCAAAAUGCUAUGCUCAAGGAAACAGUGACUGAAAACUACAGUGCAGUGUAAGAACAGGAAGAAGAAACCAUGUAAUCAAAACUUAACUUCUUUGUGUGCCAUUAGGGUUCUUCUACUUUGCUCUUCCUUCAAUUUCUUUAAAAGAAGGAAUUUUUAUAAUAAAGAUUAGGUCUGCUUGUUUAAGAGUGCAGAUUAUGUUUGGCCAGUAGCCCUUUUCUAAUUGUAAAAGGAGUCCUCAAGCCAGUCUGACUUGGACUCUAAGGUGCUGUCCC